GGGAAAUUCUGUUAGCUUGCUUUGUUAGAGAGGUGAGAGAGAAAGGAGCAAACGAUUUCACCAAUAUAAGACAAACAUUCUCCUUCAGAUCUGCAAAUUGCAAUACUUAGCUAAACCUUCUAGGAGAAAAGCAGACGCCAAGAAGGUCCUCUCUGCCGGUGUUCAUCGCAACUUUUGGAGACAGGGAAGCAGCUCCGCAUACUCAUCAAGUACAGCACAGCUCCAGCCUUUGAGUCUCCUUAUACUCUGGCUUCCCAACGUCUCUUUGAUGGACUUCCAUUCCUGGCUUGUGAGCAGAAAAGAGGAAUAUGUGAGCUUCCUUCAACACUUGCCUCAGCUGUGGAGAAAAUCACCGACAAGGUCUCCGACGAGAGGUAGAUUCUCAAUCGCAAUAACCUGCUUUAGUGGUUUGCUUGUUCAUUUAGUGGUUUGCUUGUUCAUCUGGUGUGUGUUCAUUUUGGGUGCUUGUUGUGUCUUGAUGGGCUGCUUGUUUGUCCUUGUUUAAUGGCUUCUAAUGUGUGUUUCUGCUUUCAGCGGGAGUUUACAGACUGAGAUAAAGGAAGUGAAGGUGUGCG